AUGUCUCCGAGCAGUAAAACGGGAGUUUUCUUGCCCCUGUUUCUAGCGUUGACUAUGGUGGUCAACGGGAGAUUCUACGUGGAGAAGAGCAGCGUGACGGUCCUUAACUCAUGGGAAAUGGGAGCUAAGCACGACGCAGCCAUCGCAGACUUUGGCAUCCCAAACCACGGCGGUUUCAUGAUCGGCUCCGUCGUCUACGCAGGCCAAGACGCUUACGGAUGCGACUCCUUCAACAAAACCUUCAAGCCCAAGUCUUCUUAUCCCACCAUCCUCCUCAUUGACCGUGGAGGAAAACAAAAUUACUUUGGAAUAUGGAACAUGCAAGGAUCCGGUGCAGCGGCUGUUCUUAUAGCAGACGACAUUGUUGAGCCAUUGAUAACAGUCCAAACAUAA